AUGGGAUUAACCGUUUUAAGUGGUUUUUAUUCGAUUUUACUUUUAGCUUCAUUGAUACCUUCAGUUACUGAGAAAAUUGAUAAUGAUAUGACAGCCAACAAUCAAACCAUUACAUUUCUUGAUUUUGCCCCUGCAUUUUUUGGUACAAUGCUCUUUAUGAUUUUUGGAACAACAAAAUCAGCAGCAAUCUUUCUUCCAUGUUGUUAUUAUAUUCCUCCAAGUGAACGUAAAAGACAAAGAUCAAUGAUAAGUCAACAAUAUGAAAAUUCUUCAAUAAGAUCUCGUAUAAAUGAUUCUAUUGAAUUAGAUGUAAUAAUUAAACAAGAUAGUUCUGGAAUUAAACAAGAAAUUUCUGGAACCGAAUCAAUAUUUGAAUCAAAUUUUGCAACGGUUUCAACUAGGAAUUCAAUACUUGAAGAUUAAUAAUAAUGAUGAUAAACAAAAAAACAAACAUCGUAAAUUUGUAAAAAGAAAAAAAGUAAAU